AUGUCAUCGGCCGGGCUGUCGGCGGAUGUGGUGGUCUGGGGUGCUGGCAUCAGCGCAGCGGGAGGGUGGCAGAGAUCCCACUGCUUGCUGUGCGAGAUGGAGCACCAAGCUGUCGAGACGAACCACAUCACCACUGGCGCCGCGCUGUCGCAUUGUCCGCCCUGGCACCAUGCGCUGCAGUGCGGCGUCCGGGACACCUUUGCCCAAGGGCUGAGGCCAGAUGUGGUCACUUUCAACGUCACCAUGUCGGCUUGUGAAAAGGUCACAUCUUGGCUGGAUGCUGUUGUUCUUCUGCAGGAGGUUUCGAAGCAAGAGAUGAGACAAAGUGUGAUCACAUUCAAUACCACUGUAAGCGCAGGGGAGAAAGCUGGUCGCUGGCAGGAAGUUCUGCUUUUGUUCCAGUCCGCUGUGGCAAAAACAUUGCAACCUGAUGCCUUUACGACCAGCCCACUCCUCAAUGCUUGCGCAAAGACUGUUCAUUGGCAGCAUGCCCUCCAACUGGCUGGGGCGGCUGGGGGUCACUGCUCAGACUUGGUGAUUCUCAACGGUUUAAUCAACGCCUGCGGGAAGUCCAGUCACUGGCCCUUAGCACUGGCCAUCCUGGAGAAUGUGCUGAUGCAACGCUUAGAACCGGACAUCAUCACUUACAGCGCUGCCAUCAGUGCGUGUGAAGAACGAAAUGAAUGGGAAAGAGCUUUGCUUCUUCUUUUCCAGGCCAGUGAGAGCCAGGUUGAAGUCAACGUUUUCGCUGGCAGUGCGACCAUCAGUGCGUGCUCCAAAACAUCCAAUUGGCAGCAAGCUGUGAUGCUUUUGGAGAUGGUAUGCAAUCUCCAAGUGCAGUUGAACUUGGUGGCGUACAACGCGACCUUCACGGCCUUCCAGGAAUCGAAUUGUUGGAGAUCGGCCAUUCAUCUCUCCGACGCGGCGGCAGACGCGGCAUCGCUGGAUUUGGUCGGCCUCAGCGCGAUUUGCUGCGCCUGCGGAAAGGUGGUUCCACGUCAGAUAUGGUUAAGGCCUGCUUGGGAUGCUUGAGGUACGGCUGGAGAAUGGCAAUCUGCCUGCGGUAUCAUUGACCAAGCUGCAAGAUGUCACAUUAACCUUGAUGCCAUCGCGUACGCCUCCAUCGCGGACGCCUGCGACCGGGCGGCUGAGCUGUCCGGUUUGCGGCGGCUGCUGGAGCAGUUGGAUCCCAGCGGAUCAGAAAAU